CGGGCGCGCAGCCGGCCAAGUCUCCGGAGCCGAGCCUUCCUCCGCGCGAGCCCGGCGAGCCUCGCCGCGGAUGCCCUGCCCUGAGUGCUGCGUGCCGCGCCAGGCUUGCCCGGGUCCGCGGUGAGACAUGCCCGAGCCCAGCGCUGCACCGACCUCGACUUAUCUGUAAGCAGCCGAAGGAACCAUGGUCAGUAAGGAACCCAGCAAAUGCGCACUCACGACCUCGGCCAGUGAAGUGGAGCCUGCCGCGUGCCUGGCCCUGGAGAUGAAAUAUGCCCUGGAUCCCAACCGGCAGAUUAAGAAGCGUAAUAAAGCCCUGCAGGUGCGGUUUAAGGAUAUCUGCGAGGCGCAGAACGAGCAGAGGGACACGCAGCUCUCCUCGGGACAGCUGGGCGACAAGCCAGCGUCCUACAGGGCCACCUACCGCAAAUACAUGACCGUGCCCGCUCGGAGGUCCAUCCCCAACGUCACCAAGAGCACAGGUGUGCAGACCUCGCCGGACCUUAAGAAGUGUUACCAGACUUUCCCCCUGGACCGCAAGAAGGGGAAUCUCAAAGGCAUCCCAGCUGCGGAUGCCUUUAAAAGUCAAAACAAUGGGUUUGUAAUUGAUGCGAAAGAGAAGACUGAGGAAGGGCCCGGGGAGGGGUCCCGGCAGUGGGACGCGGACCGGGUUCAGAAGGCGGCGGCAUUGGUUUUCCACUCCGAUGAGCACGUGAACGCGCUGGGCCAGCCCGCCGGGGUCAACUGCGCAGAGCCAUGCAGAACCCCCGACCUGCACCGCUGCCCAGAUGCUCCUCUCCAGAACUCCACUCGUCCUCCCUCCCAAGAGCCCGAUUACCAGCUGCACGGGAAAGCAAAGCACGACCGGGCGACCCCAGACGCCGAGGAACCCGCCGCAUCGGCCCACGGGACGGUGUUUAAGACGGAGGUGGCCACCGUUUACGCACCUGCCCCCGGCGCUAGGGCCCCCGAGCUGGCCUUGUCGAACUCCGCCCCCUCGAGCGAGUGGGCCGUCUGCCCCGUGGCCGACCAGGAGCGGAGGAAGGCCUCACGGGCCAAUGGGCUCCAGGCCCCGCCCGGCGCUGCCCUGGCCUGCUCGCCCCCGACGCAGUGCCUGUCCCCCGAAUGUAGUGAAGCGUCCCUGCAGACUCAGGCCCCCCCGGCGCACGAGCACCAGCCUUGUCCGACAGCGCUCGCCGUGGGUGAAGAAUGCCAACAAAUCGUGCCUCGUGCGGAAGUGGUCGAUCUGAAAGCACAGCUUCAGAUGAUGGAGAACUUAAUCAGUUCAAGCCAAGAAACCAUCAAAGUGCUCUUGGGGGUCAUUCAGGAGUUGGAAAAAGGAGAGGCCCAUCGGGAAGGGCUUUCAUAUCGGACUGGGCAAGACACAGCUAAUUGUGACACAUGCAGGAACAGUGCAUGUAUUAUCUAUAGUGUGGAGCUAGAUUUUAAGCAGCAAGAAGACAAACUCCAGCCAGUUCUGAGGAAACUCCAUCCUUUCGAGGAAACUCAGGUCGCACACUCGCCUUACUCUCAGGAGACUUACUCAACUCCCAAGCAAAAACCCAAAACUGAAUCUAAAAAGCACGGACGAUGGAAACUCUGGUUCCUUUAAAACUCAUGGUGUUUGGAGUCUAAAGGCCGUCUUUAAAACCCACUGGAGUUCAAAGUAAAUCCUUUCCCAAAACGAAUAGGACGGAGUGAAUGGUGGCUGACUCGGACGCCACCAGUUCUCACCCUGCUUACCAAAAAGGCCUUUGUAACAGAUCAACUCACAGAAGCGAAGUAGUACAUGUCACACCUUGCCAGCUGUUCUUUGCAGUUCGUGGAUGUGGGAUGUAAAACCGGAAACGAAACUUAACAUAGUCAAAGGUGAUAAGCAAAAAUUCUAUGCCCGCACCCCAGAUCAGCAAGGAUUACAUUAUCAACCUGCAGAACGGCAGGCUGUCACUCUGUAACACAGCUAAAACUCAUAAUUAUUUUCAAGCCUUUAUUUUUUUCUUUAAUACUGAGAAGAAAAAGUAGCCCUUACAUUUGCAAAGGACUUCAUUUUUAUGUUUAAUUUUGCAAAUAAGCGGGGGGCGAGUGCAAUUUUCAGCACAUCAAAUUCCGGAGAAAGCACAAUUUUUUUCAAGUGGUCGGAGACCAUGAAUAAUCUCUAAGAUGUGACUAUAUGUAUAUUUGCCUCAUGUGCUGUAGCGCUAAGCCAAGUGACAUCUCAGCGUCACACUGACACCUCAGAUUCAGCGUUUGUUUCAACUCCAGACCGGUGACGUGCUUACUGCUCAUCCUGCAAAUGCCCAGCAGCCAGGAGUCCCCCGAAGUCAGGACAUGCCUUUAAUCACUGCAAGUUGACAGGGUCAGAGCUAUCGGACACUAAGCUUUCGUAGAUCUCAUUUUUAAUCUUUUGGUACCCAAAGGCCAAAUGAUAAAUCCUGGCAAGAAUUUGAAAACACACGUAGAGAGAUACACAGCAGAUAAUAUAGUCACCAAUAAAUCACACGCGUUCUCUGCCAUCGGAAAGUGUUUCUGUGGAUCAAUCUCUGAGACACUGUUCAUCACGAAAGCUCAGUCAGACAUUUUAUACAAUUCGUUAUGCUUUGUAACAACUGUAGAAGAUCUGACCAUCUCAAAGAGAAACCGCGUGCUUAGUUUAGCUGCUACCAACAAACCAACUAACGUCACCUACAUUUAACCUAUUAGUGAGUUGUACUAAAUGACAUACCUAGGGGAAAGCUGUGAAUCAAAUGUUUUUAGGUCUUUUUUAAAUAAAUCGUGACACUUCGAGUUCUCUUUUGAUUACACAUUGCAAUAUAAAUCUUAGUUCCUUUAUUUUUUCACUCAUUCCUUUGCACCUUUGCAAGUAUCUUUUUAUAGAAAUCAAAAGCCCCUAGUCUAUUAAGGACUCUUGUCUAUGAAGUUUUGGCUUUUCACUGUAGGAAGUAGGGAUCUUCUUUUGACUUUUUUUGGUUCAACUUUAAUUUUGAGUCGUUUGUGAAUGUACAAUGAAACCGAGUCUUCUGGUCUCUGUCCAACCGUUUCUUAUCUAAUCUCGUGCUCACACGCACACCUCACUGACCAGAUGCCAAUAAGGUGGUCGGCCUUAGUGAAAGGAUCUACCUGCGUUUCUCAGAUUGGAGCUAUUUCUUGCCACGCAUUUUCCUCCUGACUCAAUAGCAAAUCUAUUUUCAUUCUAAGUGUUUUGAUUCUAGAAAGACCUUAGUGGACUUGAAAAAAAAGUGACAGGAGUAUCUCAUGUAAGCAUUCUUUGGGGAUUACUCAAGCUAUAUCACAGAUGUGUGUCUUAAUUAAAAGAAAAACACGCAUCUUUUGUGGACAUGAUACAUGAGGAUACAAAUCCUUGAAUAUCAGUUAACAGAAUUGAGAAAUAUUUUUGUGCAAGAGGAAGGCUAAGUUGAUCCUGUACCAUGAAGGAAGUGCAAUUGUUUCAUGUAGAGAUAAAAUUUUAAAAAAUGUGUUUCAUGUAUUUUCUACUCUUUUUAACUAAAGCUAUAAAAAAUGUUUGCAACAAGCUAUCUCUCCUUGUGUUUUCAAAAU